GUCCUUUCACUUCACGUGUGCGUCUGCUGCUCUGCCAUCGUGAGAGGAAACCAUGCCGAAGUCAAAGAGGGACAAGAAAAUUUCGUUAACGAAAACAGCCAAGAAAGGACUGGAGUCAAAGCAGAAAUUAAUCGAGGAGCUCCGGAAAUGUGUGGACACCUACAGAAACCUGUUCAUAUUCUCUGUGGCCAAUAUGAGGAAUAACAAACUGAAAGAUAUCAGGACAGCAUGGAAACACAGCAGGUUCUUCUUUGGCAAAAAUAAAGUCAUGGUGGUUGCCCUGGGUAAAGGAGAAACGGACGAAUACAAAGAUAAUUUACACAAGGUCAGCCGGUUUCUAAGAGGAGAAGUGGGAGUGCUAUUCACAAACAAAACAAAGGAUGAGGUUCAAGAGUAUUUCGAUCAUUUCAAAGAGAUGGAUUUUGCGAGGGCAGGAAACCGUGCACAGAUGGACACGGUUCUGGAUGAGGGACCCCUCGAACAGUUUCCUCACUCGAUGGAGCCCCAGCUGAGGCAGUUAGGACUUCCUACUGCUCUCAAGAAAGGAGUGGUGACACUGCUGAAGGACCAUGAGGUCUGUAAGGAGGGAGACGUGCUAACUCCUGAGCAGGCUCGUAUUCUGAAACUCUUUGGCAUCGAGAUGGCAGAGUUCAAGGUGCAGAUCAAAUGUAUGUGGAACUCAGAAACAGGCGAGUUUGAGGACAUUGGUGGUGAGGAAGAGGCUAUGCAGGAUAAUGAUGACGAGGAAGACGAUGAUGCAGAAUGAAGCAUCUGCAAGAGCAGGAGCUUGUACACGUGUGUUUUUUAAGUCAGUUUUUGCUAGCCUUCAACAGCAGAGGGACACUUGAAACCGUUGGUCCUGACAGCUGGUGCUGCCCCUGGAGUCUGUAAUCUCUCUCUUCUUUUUUCACCUCAAAACAUGAACUUCUGCUGGUCGCCUUGAGUUUGAUCCCUGGACUGAAUUGUUGUUCAGUAAAUACUGUUGACGGGAGUCAAAAGACUUAUUAAUAAUCCCUUACAUGUAUGUUCCACUUGUUUUGUCAACAUGAGAAAAAAAUGUUGUACACAAGUAUUCUGCCAAAAGAAAUAGUCACAUGUUCUUUCAUGUGUUAAAUCCACCCACUUGAUGCGUUUUAUGUAAGAAAAACACUUUGUUUAUGUGAAAAUUGGUUUCUUUUUAAUGUAAGAGUUUAAUUAAGGCAGACUCUAGAAAAGGUCAUUUUUCCUGUGAAAAUUUUCAUUUUUACAUCUGUGCACAGACAACAAUGAAGUGCUCUUCACAUUAAUACAUCCUGGCCUUAAUCUUGAUUGAUCCAUUCAUAAGAAUAUAAUUCUGAAUGUAAUUUCAGGAAAAUGUAUGUAAGUAUGUAACUGAAGUAAAGAGGCGUUAGCAGAU